CUUCCCCUUCUUGGCAAAGUCAACCUUCUCUCCCUCUCUCUCUCAUCUCCAUACAUGCUCACUUAUGGCCAUUGAUCGUCACGAAGAUUCUCCUCCGACUCCAACCCAUGACCUAAACACCUGGCGAUGGUAUCUCCGCCGCCGGGUGCCCCUCCAGCGUCGGCGGAAGGUGCAGACGGUGCGGCUGGGCGGGAAAAGGACAGGGCGGCGUGGAGUAUUUGUGGUGAUGAGAAUGUUGAAGAAGAUAAGGGUGAAGUGGGUGAAGCUUCAGUAUCGUCGGAUGCUGAGAAAUCUGAAGGAGUAUUAUAGAAAUCUGGUGAAGGACAUGGUGGAAGCCGGUGCCACCAUUGAAGCGUUUCAGCAGAGGCUCUUCAUGGAGUCCACUUUCGCUGUCCCUGCCGGCGUCACCUUCUCCGCCUACCCUCAUAGCUUCGGCUCAGAUCGCCCUCGAACCAUCUUCAUCUUGUGAUCCAUCUCGCUCUCUCUCGCUUCUAUAUUCUGUAUCAGGAGGUUAUGUGUGUUCUCUCACAAUACACAUGUCUCAGCUUUCAUUAAUCUUUCAACAAUAUGCAUGUUUGGGUUUUGUUACCCAUUGGUUCCUUGUGAAAUCAAAGACUAGAUAACUGAUAUAAUAUAAUAUAAUUUUAGAGUUAAUUAGCAAUUUAGUACCCUAAAUUCA